CGGCCUGCUCUAAGCCCAGGUGGAUCCUCUGCAGCGACCUCUGGUUUCUCUUUGAGUGGCGCUGGUGGCUGGAAAGAUGCUGGGCCGGAGUCGCCUUCCCUUCGUCGUCCUGGCCGUGGCCGUCACCUGCGCUGUGGCGCAGCACGCGCCGCCGUGGACAGAAGACUGCAGAAAAUCCACCUAUCCUCCUUCUGGACCGACCUAUAGGGGUCCGGUUCCGUGGUACACCAUAAAUCUUGAUUUACCACCCUACAAAAGAUGGCAUGAAUUGAUGACUGACAAGGCACCAGCGCUAAAGCUUAUAAUGAAUUCACUGAAGAAUAUGGUAAAUGCGUUUGUGCCCAGUGGAAAAGUUAUGCAGAUAGUGGAUCAAAAGUUGCCUGGUCUCCUCGGCAACUUUCCUGGUCCUUUUGAGGAGGAAAUGAAGGGGAUUGCAGCUGUUACUGACAUACCUUUAGGAGAGAUCAUUUCAUUCAAUGUUUUCUAUGAGUUUUUUACCAUCUGUACUUCAGUAAUAACAGAAGACAAACAAGGUCAUGUACUACAUGGGCGAAACAUGGAUUUUGGAUUAUUUCUUGGGUGGAAUAUAAAUAAUCAUUCCUGGGUCAUCACUGAGCAGCUGAAACCUUUAACGGUGAAUCUGGACUUCCAGAGGAACAACAAAACUGUCUUCAAGGCGACAAGCUUUGCUGGCUAUGUGGGCAUGUUAACAGGAUUCAAACCAGGACUGUUUAGUCUUACGCUAAAUGAACGUUUCAGUACAAAUGGCGGUUAUAUGGGUGUCCUAGAAUGGAUCUUGGGAAAGAAAGAUGCCAUGUGGAUAGGAUUUCUCCUUAGAUCAGUUCUGGAAAAUAGCACAAGUUAUGAAGAAGCCAAGAAUAUAUUGACCAAAACCAAGAUAUUGGCCCCAGCGUACUUUAUCCUGGGAGGCAACAAGACUGGGGAGGGUUGUGUGAUUACACGAGACAGAAAACGAUCUUUGGAUGUAUAUGAACUCGACCCCAAGCAGGGUAGAUGGUAUGUGGUACAAACAAAUUAUGACCGUUGGAAAAAUCCCUUCUUCCUUGAUGAUCGCAGGACGCCCACUAAGAUGUGUCUAAACCGGACAACCCAAGAGAAUAUCUCACUUGCAACCAUAUAUGAUGUGCUGUCAACAAAACCUGUCCUCAACAAGCUGACGGUAUACACGACCUUGAUGGAUGUCACCAAAGGUCGAUUUGAAAGUUACCUGCGGGACUGCCCAGACCCUUGCAUAGGUUGGUGAGCACACCUGGCCUACAGAAGGCGCUGUGACCUGGAGAUGGGACUCGCACGCGGCCGAGUAGUGCUGCCUGGUGACUUCCUUCCGAACCCUGACACUCGGGGCGGGUUCUCUUUGGCGGCUGUUUUGUCCUUCUGGGUAGGUUUGCAGUUCACAGGCUGUUUUUGGCGUGACGGUUGGUUGAUCUUAUUUACAGAAGACUUCUUUAAGUGAAGUACACCAAUCGUCUGAAAUUUGCCGAGUUUCAUUUCUCUUUGACAUUUCGGGAUGGGGACGGGUGAUUCAACUAUUGUGGGACCCACCUCCGCGGGCAAAGCAGGAUUCUCUGUGGGCAUUGAAUCUGGUCCGUCUGUGUGAGUAAUAGUUAAAAUAGUCCACAGUGUUCAGUUUUUCACUUUUUUCUACAUAUUUGUAUGUUUUUUCUGUAUAGCAGUCUUUUGCUCUUAGUUCUAACUGCUUAAUAGUAGUUUUAAUAAACUGAUACACCAUUGUCUUUGUUGUUUGGGACAGCAAUGAAAUUUCACUAAUUUUGAUUGGAGGGGGAUGUGAGACAGACAUUCCACUGUAUAUUUCUUUUAAUGGGCAAUCCAUGGGGCUUUGACUCUGAAUUGAAAUACUUUUUGGGGUUCAUGAAGUAAUCAGUAUGCCAGGUGGUCUUUUAUACAUAGAAUUGAAGUGUUCUCCUUUUCAUAACUACCCUACCUCCCAGUAAUCCCAGGACGUAGUUAGCUUCAAAAACAGUCCCAGAUUCUGUGAAUUAAUAGAAAAUAAACAGGUCAAAGACUUGUGGAAAAUGAGGGGUGAACCUGUUACUUUAAACUCUUAAUAAAUUUCUUGAUUUGUCCUUCUGA